UCUCAUUUCGCUGGCGCAGUCUUAAUUGUCUCUACCACGAUAUACUGGCAGCGGAAGCUUAAUUGAAAUUGAAACCGUUUGUUUGCUUUUAAARCGCAAAUACUGUCGGCUGGGAAAACACGAACUUAAUUGCCAAGAAGGACAUGGGAAUUUUCGUGUUUUUGUUUAGAAAAAUAUUGUGCGAUUUUACCAAAAGUUACUUUCAAAAUGUACUAUACAAAUAUAUUAUAUGUAGGCAUAUGAUAUAAAUAUAUACGUGGUUCUGUACUGUGUCAAUUUAUUUUAAUUAAUAAAGGACUAGUGGGGCUACUUUUUGCGUGCAAGUGCCCUUAACGAUACUUAUGUAAGUGUCUUUGGAAAUAAUUAGAAAAAAUCGUGCAUUAAUUCAGUUUCUUAUCGAAAAGAAGUGCGAAAUAUUUGUGAAAAAUUUCUGAAAUAAUAUGAAGCAGUGUUCAUAAGAGAAAAAAUACUAAAUUUGGAAGAGAAAAUCUUUAUGAUUGAAGUGAAAAUGAUAUCGAAGCUGUGGAUUCUUAUUUGCGCGACUCACAUCGUUAUCAUUAAGGGUACCUACGACCCAGCUCUUAAUGGUAUAAAGACAAGAAACUACCAUAGAACUUAUCCAAAUGCUGAGCAAGAGCCAUAUCCCAAUGCGCAGUCGUAUGAACCCAGACCCACUUCCAACAACAAUUACGGUGCCGGUUCAGUGAGGUUAUCACUAGCUAAUUCAUACCAACACUAUGAUGGGCCUCGCACCGAACAACAGCCCUCACAUAGUCACCAACAACAACAGCAUGGUCAGCAGCAACAUCAAAAACAAACCGCACAACAAACGGCCUCUUAUCAGCAACGCGAAUUACCGCUAUUUAAUCGCAAUGCACACGUGCGUCACUCAACGCCAACACAGCGCUCGGAGCGCAGAGAGAGCGUUUUAAGYAGCGGCGUAGAGAGCACAAUACCAGACUUUGGCACUGGUUGUCCGCCACAGCAUACAGGGCCGGUGCCGUAUGCUUAUGAUUGCCGGCGUUUUGUCAACUGCUGGCAUGGACGCGGUCACAUACAGAGCUGUGGUCCCGGUACGGUCUUCAAUCCUGAAACUCUUGAAUGCGACCGACCUGACAAAGUUGUUUGUGGUGGUGCGCUUACAAAUGGUGAGCGUAGAGAGCAGCAAGCAACUUUGCACAGCGCACAACAGCAAAACAAAUAUCGCGCUGGGCGCUUAAUAGACGCAAGCACAGAUARCGUGAGAUCUCUUUGCCCCAACGGCUUCAGUGGAUUGGUGCCACAUCCAAAUGAUUGCACGAAAUUCUUGAAUUGCGCUAAUGGCAAUACCCACGUACAGAACUGCGGUCCCGGUACUGCGUUUAGCGCUUCGAAGAAGGUGUGCGAUUUUAAAGAAAAGGUUGAUUGCGGUGACCGCGAGAAUUCGGCUUAUGGAGCAGUGAACAAUCGUGAUAGCCGCCAGUAUGAUGAAUUGUUUUGUCCUUCGGGCGCGAGUGGCUUAUACUCGCAUCCUUACGAUUGCACUCGGUUCCUCAAUUGUGCACACGGUCAGAUGGUGGUACAAUCCUGUGGACCUGGUACAGCAUUUGAUCGAGUAAAGUCUGUAUGCGACUACGUGCAAAAUGUUGACUGUACAACAACGAUUAAAGCCAAAUCCAAUUCAAACUAUGUGGACACAAUUGCUAAGCAGAACGCGUUGGGAAGARUUGAGGAAAAAGAAGGUGAUAUAUUCUGUCCACCCGGCGUGUCUGGACACUUUCCAUAUCCCUUUGAUUACACCAAAUUCAUAAAUUGUAAAAAUGGCAACACGGCGAUACAAAACUGUGUGCCGAACACUGCGUACAGCAUUUCCAGGAAUUACUGUGAAUCCAAGGAGAAUGUGCCGCGCACAGAUCACGUCGCUUACAUAGUGUCCGAAGUACGUUAUGAAUAUUCUCUGAGGAUUGUCAGUUGUCCACCUUCGACUGAUGGCCUACAUUUAUACCCUUAUGAUUUCACUAAAUACGUAAGCUGUCAACAAGAGCACAUGAACAUCGUCGCGUGUGCACCGAAAUAUGUAUUUAGUAUAUCUCGCAGAGGAUGUCUGCCCGAAACUCAAGUGAAUAUCGCCGAUCACGUACGAAAUGCUUGGGAGCUUCGACACAACGCCGAAUCAACUGAAUCCAGGAAUUCAGCACUAAGUUAUAUGAAUGAGUUGCUUGAAUGCCCUCAAGGCCACUCUAGCCUCUAUCCAUACCCCUUUGAUAGCAAGAAAUAUCUGCAAUGCCUUGACGGUAGGCUUUCUAUAGAGACUUGCAAUUCGGGCUAUGUUUUCAGUUUGUCUUCAAAACACUGUGAUCCAAAAGAUUUAGUUGGCAAGGCUGAACAGGUCCCACUAUCGUUUGAUGUUGGCCAGAUUAGUAUAUCUCAAUCGGAUUACGAUUACUUUAAUAAUAAUCUAGGAGGCAUACAAUUGCUUUGUCCGCAACAUGUUAGAGGCUUCUUUUUAUAUCCCUUCGAUUGCACUAAAUACUUGUAUUGUCGUGAUGGUCGAGGGCAAAUAGAGAACUGCAUUUCUGAUAAAGUCUUCAGUAUAUCGGCUAGGGAAUGUAUAAAUCGUAAUCUGGUUGAGGCAUAUGAUCGUGUGGAAUAUUUCAGUGAGGUUCCUAAUGAAUUUUCAACAGAACUGGAGGCUACCAAAAAUCAAUUGUAUGUGCCAAACUGUUCUUUGGGUGCUGACGGACUUUUUCCAUAUCCUAAUGAUAAUUCGAAGUAUAUAAAAUGUGUAAAUGGGCGAGCAACCGUUGAGAAUUGCAUAAGUGGAAUGAUUUUCAGUAAAGCCAGAAAGUACUGCGACUAUGGGCGGAAAGUUUACGAAUAUGAUAAAGACCACUGGGUUCAAGGCACCACACAUGUUAUAAGGGAGGGUAAAACUGUAGACGAGAACGUGGGCGUGCAAAUGGCAUGUCCACCAAAUUCGGUGGGAAUGUAUCCGCAUCCACAAGAUUGCAGAAAAUUCCUUUCGUGUGCCAAUGGUAUAGUUGCUAUCAAAGACUGUGGUCUAGGUGCUGCGUGGAGUGUUGAGAUGGAAGUGUGUGAUUUUGAGAAAAAUGUAAAUUGCACGGGACGCACGAAGCUACAUAAAACYGCAAAGAGUACAUUUACAGAGGACAAGGUGGCAUGUCCAUCUAAUGAAAAUGGUUUAUUCUUACAGCCAUUUAAUGCUUAUCAAUAUAUUGAGUGCAGAAAUGGCGAAACUAACUUACAAAGCUGUCCACCGGGAAGUGUGUUCAGUAUUUCAAAGAGAUUAUGUAUCUCCGAAGAUCAGGUCAAUACCUGGGAUCAUGUAAUGUGCGUUCAAGAGUAUAUGACGGAUAUAACCCUGCACUAUAAUUACGUCGUCUGUCCGGCACAUGCACUUGGUAACUUCGUUUAUCCUUUUGAUGGCUUACUAUUUAUUGAAUGCAAGGCCGGUCAUACAAACAUACAGAGCUGUGCACCGAAUACGGUCUUCAGCGUAUCAAAUAAGAUUUGUAUACCCUCUACUGAAGCAAGAGACACCGAUCACUUGUGGUUAAGUUCAGUUGGUCAGGUUGCCGAUAAUAGUUUUGGCGCCUACGAUCACAACCGUGAGUGGGGGACUACAGAUAUGACAGGUGCUGGUACUCACACCCUCAGGCUUGAACAUACCGUYCAAACAGCAGCAUGUCCAUCGGGCGCUUCAGGUCUUUACCYUCAUCCAAYGGACUGCACGAAAUAUUUGCGAUGUGCCAACGGCAUCACUUAUGUAAUGGAUUGUGGUCCGGGUACAGCUUUUAAUGCUGCGCUSGAAGUGUGUGAUUUUAAAGACAAAGUUGACUGUUCGUAUAAUUUGGACUUUAAUAAUGUGGCUUUGGGCCAUGACAGAGGUCCCAGCAUUCACGCCAUUACAUGUCCUGAGGGAGCCACUGGUAUAUAUCCCCAUCCUUUGGAUUGCAGAAAGUUUCUUAAUUGCGAUAAUGGUAUAACUAAUAUACAAGAUUGCGGCCCCGGUACUGCCUGGAAUGCAAAACUGGAAACUUGCGACUUUAUAGAGARUGUCAAUUGUUCAGAUACUCACACCGUUCAUGGGAAUAAUCCUAACGCAAACUAUCAGCCCCAGUUAAUACAAUCGAAUUAUCGGGACUCAACUCAAAACGGCUGGAGGCAGCAACACCAUGAGCAUGGUAGUUCUUCGCAAAGAACUGCUAACGAUAGACAAGCUUAUGGUAACGGUGUGCAGCGUCCUAUAGCUAGUGACAUAACUUAUGGUGGUGCAUAUAGUCGUGAUCGACAACAACGUCUACCUACGCAUGGCAGAGAAUUACAACAGCAUGGUAGUUCAAAUAAUUGGAUCGCUUCCGGCUCUGCAAUUGAUCGACAAACACCCACACAAAGCGUCAUCUAUGAAGAAGGCUCGCUGCAACCAAAUCGUAAUUAUAAAACUUUCAGCACAUAUACAACUCCUCUAGCACCUUUCAAACCUGAGUUCGUACCCGCUACAUCACUUAAUAGUAAUACAUUUUCAAAUGAGACAACAAACAUUUACUAUGCACAACCUGUUGGGUCUGAAGAAAACACCGAGGAAGUAUUUGACGAUUCCAGUAYAAAUACACAAUCUUCAAACCGUUUGCCAUUUAAUAAAAAUGAAUUUAAUGUUGCGCAAACUUCGAACAAAUGGAUUCCAAUACCUAAUCAAGAGAUUUUACCUCCGAAGCGCACUACUGAGCAGCAAACUGAAGCACAAGAUUUCCCACCACAAAAUAUCUUUACUCCAGCAUCUUAUAUUACACCUCCAAACGGACAUGCUCAUAGUUCUACGGUGGACAGUUCGUCAUCUGUACCGCAAAACAAUUUUGACUCUUCUAAUCUCUACGGCGGCUUGCAACCACCACCGCCACCGUCGCUAGCUCCUACUAUCCCUCAAAGUCCUUUGUCGCAUGUUUCAAAUCCUAUUCAUAAGUUGGAGCCAUCAAAUCCAACCAAAGGUGGCCCUUUGGGUAGAUCCGUAGACGAAAUCGAACCUAUAAGAGCUUUCAGCACGAAUGCUCAGGGAAAACCGCAUUUGCUUUCUCCUCCUUCAAGCAUGAAUGCUUAUAAAACUGACAUUGCCAUGAGUACACCUGCGACUUACCUUCAGCCGCCUGCAUUGCCCACACCUGCAGSUGCAACUGCAACUAGAUCAUAUUCGACGACUUCGACUCGUUUAAAGCCUGUUUAUAACGUGCUAGAGAAUACAACAAUAGCAAUGUUCCCUAAAGAUCCCCACUAUAGUGGUUCAUAUUCAAAUGUUGCUCAUGCAAGUCCACCAAAGUCCGUCGAUUUUGAAGAUGUACAGGCUUCUGAAGAUUUACUUAUGGCUGAUGCCUUGCGUCUACUUUUGCGUCCUUAUUUUAAUCGUAGCGGCACUAUUUCGGAAGAAAAUACCGAUAAUGUCGAGGGUCACAUAAUGAAACUCUCACCCAAACUUACUUCACACACAUCCGUCAUAACUUCAUCAACAGAUAAAACUAUCAAAAACUCGCCAGUUGGUGCGGAAAAUGAAAAGGAGGUUGAACUUAUACUUGCAGGUGAACAACAUAGUUUGACCACAGUCCCAAACCAAAAUAGCACUCACGAAACACGUACUGAAUUUUAUUCGAAAAAUACAAGACAAGAGUCGAAGACUAAUUCCAAUUGGCACAAUCAUGGACAUAGUCGCGAAUUUCAYCGUAAGCAUCCAAAUUUACUUGACCCCUUUAAUGAGGACGACCACACAAGUACUCAUACACUUCAUCGACACAAUCAUAAUAGGGCGUAUCACCAGAGACACCCCGAAAUACCAAAUCCGUUUAUAACACCCGAAGCACCUCUGACCACCACCAAUUUUGAGUUKAGUAAUAAUAAUCUCCCAAACCCACAAGCAGAGAAUACGACUCCAUUCAGUGUGACACCCAGGAUAGAUGUGAGGGCAGAAGAUUUUAACUGUCAGUUUGAUUGUGGAAAUGGCAAUUGUGUAAAGUCUCAUGAGGUUUGUAACGGUAUUAAUAAUUGUGGUAAUCGAAAGGAUGAAGAGGAUUGCAAACAUUUGGGUUACGAAGUGCGUCUGACUGGUGGCGAAAGUUCAAACAUGGGGCGUAUUGAGGUUAGRGUUCUUGGAAAAUGGGGAUACGUGUGUGAUGACAAGUUUAGUCUAAGUGAUGCUGAAGUGGUGUGUCGAGAAUUGGGCUUCAAAUUGGGAGCAAGCGAAGUGCGUGGUUUUUCAUAUUAUCCACCAACAACGGUGGAUGUAUCAUUUGCGAUGGACGAAGUUGAAUGUCGCGGCAAUGAAACGUCCCUAAAAGAAUGCGACUUUAAAGGUUGGGGAGUUAGCAAUUGUGGACCGGACGAAGUAGUCGGUGUAGUUUGUAAAGUGCCRCAACUUAAAUGCCCCAACAACUAUUGGCUGUGCAGUACCUCACAAGAGUGCAUACCACCGGCAUUCGUGUGCGACAAUACGCCAGAUUGUGCUGAUAAAUCUGAUGAAAGUGAGACCGUUUGCAAUUCUCCCAUAAAAUAUCGGCUGGAAGGUGGGCGUAGCCCGAAUGAGGGACGGCUCGAAGUAAGAUAUCGUGGUGAGUGGGGUACUGUAUGCGAUGAUGACUUCGGUUUGAAGGAGGCUCGAGUUAUGUGYAAUUCAAUGGGUUUCUACGGAACACCGACUAUUGUUAAGAACAAAUAUGAGCCUGGAAGCGGACCCAUUUGGUUAGAUCAGGUAUCUUGUUAUGGCAAUGAGACCACACUCGACCAGUGUAGUCAUUUUACAUGGGGCGAACAUAAUUGCAAUCACACUGAGGAUGUUGGCUUAAAGUGUACACUGGAUGCGCCGCCACAAAAGGAGAUCUCGUCGCCACAGUUGAAUGAUUAUGAAAACACUCAGAGAGAGUUGGAUGACAGACAGCAACAGUUAGAAGAUAUUGGCUUGUACUCCGAACAAUGGGAACGUAAGAGCAAGGUGGUGGGCGAUCAAAGGCGUUGCGGCCAAUUCAAAAACAAUCUACUUGAUGAGUUUGCGCAUCCGGAGGAGCGUGUUGUGAAUGGUAGCAUUGCGAAGCGUGGUCAUCAUCCUUGGCAGGCCACGAUACGCACACGAGGCAGAGGUGGCAUAUCGAGCCAUUGGUGUGGCGCCGUACUAAUUUCCUCUAGACAUUUGUUAACUGCUGCACAUUGUCUUGCUGGUUAUCCAAAAGGCGCUUACCUUGUGCGCAUGGGCGAUCACUAUGCGAACAUAGCGGAAUCUUCGGAAGUUGAUUCGUUCAUUGAGAACUGGUAUGUACACGAGAAGUUUCGUGAUGGCUCUCAUAUGAACAAUGAUAUUGCCGUGAUUGUGCUGAAGACGCCGGUGAGAUUCAACGAUUACAUUCAACCGGUAUGUCUGCCGAACAAGGGUGCGGCGCUGACAGAGAAUCGUUUGUGUACAAUAUCCGGUUGGGGCUCUAUAAAGUCUGGUGUUUCGACACCCUCAAAUAUCCUUCGUGCCGCGGAACUGCCAAUUUUGUCCGAUGAAGUUUGUAAGCAAAAACAUGUCUACGGCUCAUCUCUCACAGAGGGUAUGUUUUGCGCCGGCUAUAUGGACGAGAGCUCGGAUGCCUGCGAUGGUGACUCUGGAGGUCCGCUGAUUUGUCACGAUGAAGAUGGUGAAACAUUGUAUGGUAUAAUCUCAUGGGGCCAACACUGUGGUUAUGCAAAUAAGCCGGGCGUUUAUGUGCGUGUGGAGAAAUACGUUGAUUGGAUAUUGGAAAAAAUCAAUAUUUCCAUUCAAAAUAAAUUUCUAUUGUAAAAUAGGGAAAUUUUAAAUUUUUAUAUCGUUAUAUAUACUUAUUAGCUUAGAAAUGCUUGAAUUUAUUUGUAAAAUAAAUGGAAAUGUAUAGUUAUUCCAACAUUUAA